UGAGUGGUUUUGGCGAACCGAGCAGGUGCAGGUGAGAACACGCAAAGAUAAACAAGGCGACAUCGCGACGGAUUCUUACUUACUGACCGAAUGGGGUUGGUCGAGCUUCGAACCAACCAGCGCCACACCGCCCGCCACCCUUUGUCAAACCAAAAGCGGAAUUCUUUUUAUAAACAACAAACCAAUUACUUGACUGUUUCUUCUUCCGUGAAAUCGGGACAAUUGGCUGCAACCGGUGAUCCCUCUAAUUUCUGCGCGGUCUAUUUCUUUGUGAAAGCAGCAGCAGCAGCAGCAGUUCGGUGAAUUGGUGACAGAACUGGCUUUGAGCCUUUGAUGGAGUUUUGAUUUUCGUUCUUCAGGAGCAAUACGGCCAAGUAUGAGUUGCAGCUGCUUCGGCUCCUCUAAUUCGGAGAAGAAGCGGAUCUCUACUCGUGCUGAUAAGGAUUUGGACACUGACUUGCCUGAGAAUGUUAAACAAUUCUCCUUCAAUGAAUUAAGAUCUGCUACAGAGGAUUUCCAUUCAAAUAAUAGAAUUGGACGCGGAGGCUUUGGAGUUGUUUAUAAGGGCGUGUUACGGAGAGGAGUACAAGUUGCAGUAAAGAAACUUUCUAUAGAGUCUAAGCAAGGGGCUCGGGAAUUUUUGACAGAGAUCAAAACCAUUUCAAAUGUCAGGCAUCCAAACCUUGUUGAGUUGAUUGGAUGCUGUGCUCAAAAUGCUAACCGGAUCUUGGUCUAUGAAUAUCUGGAAAAUAAUAGUCUCGACCAUGUUUUGUUAGAGUAUAAGAACACGAGUGUUGAACUGGAUUGGGGCAAGAGGUCCUCAAUUUGCAUUGGUACUGCUAGGGGCCUUCAAUUUCUUCACGAGGAAGUCGUUCCACAUAUUGUGCAUAGAGACAUCAAGGCUAGUAAUAUACUCCUUGAUAAGGACUUCAAUCCGAAAAUUGGUGACUUUGGAUUAGCUAAACUUUUCCCGGAUGAUAUUACACACAUUAGCACAAGAAUCGCAGGAACAACUGGUUAUUUGGCCCCAGAGUAUGCACUGGGAGGUCAGCUAACUCCAAAGGCGGAUGUGUACAGCUUUGGAAUCCUCAUCCUCGAAACAGUUAGCGGUAGACGUAGCAGUACAGUUUUCGGGGGAGGAAUACCAAUACUCUUGCUGGAACAGGUGUGGGAGUUAUAUAAGCAAGGAAAACUUUUAGAAAUAGUGGAUUCUAGACUAGGAGAUUAUCCUCAGGAAGAAGUGCUUAGGUACAUGAAAGUGGCUCUUUUCUGCACACAAGGGGCUGCAAGUCGACGGCCAGUGAUGAGUCAAGUCGUCGACAUGCUUACAAAGAAGAUCAAGCUUAACGAGAAACUACUUACCGCACCGGGGUUCUACGGAGGCUCGAGUGACGUUCCUGGUAGUAGCAAGAAGACGAUCUCCAGCACUUCCACCAGCAAUACGGCAUGCUCUGCAGUCGUCUCUAUAACUCAAAUCACCCCUAGAUGAAGAGGCUUAAGCCACAACUUCUGCAAAUUAUUACAAGUUAGCUUGAGUUCAUGGAUAGAUAUUAGUUUAGCUUGAUCCUGUUGAAGCAUCUCAUUGUUCAAAUUAUUGGGUAAA